AUGAAAGCUACAACUUGCGCUGCCACGUUUCUUCUCUCUGCCCUUGCAACAACAAGUGCAGAAGAAACAACUUCCUAUCUACGAAGCUCCACAACACAAGGAGAACGAGAGCUGCAACUCCCGUGCUGGCUCCCCUUUUCCAACUGUGAAGACGAAGCAAGUGAUUGUGAAACAGUAACUCCACUAAGUGAGGAUGAUUUCAAUGUCACCAAGUACAUUGAGAAGUCUUGGUUCAUUCAAAAGCAACAAGUCAACCCCUACCAGUCGGAAGAUCAAUUGAACUGUGUGGUGGCUACCUACAAUGAGAGAGAUGAUGGCUUCAUUGAAGUUCAAAAUGCGGGCAAGACAGGUGGUGUGGAUGGGGCUGCUCAAAACUCGGAUACCGAUUCUGUCUUUUCGAGCCUGUGUGCACAGCAAGUAGAGGGUGGCUCACUGCAAGUUGCCCCUUGCUUGUUCCAAGUAGCCUUUUCCGCAGUGGCCGGUCCCUACUGGGUCUUGGCUGUAGGAGAGGACGAUGCCGGAGACGACUACACGUGGGCCAUUGUCAGCGGAGGCCAACCAACCGAAGUCAAGGAGACUGUCGAUGGCCGCACCUUUUGCACCACCAAGCAAGGUAGUUCCUUCUUGGACACAAAUGGCUCUGGUCUGUGGUUGUUUUCCCGACAGCCCGUGGCAGACACCCAAACCAUUGCUGCCAUGGAAGCCAAGCUCACCGAAAUGGGCAUUUUCGCGGGUGAUUUGCUCCCUGUGGAACAGAACGGAUGCACCUAUCCAGAUUCCACCAAAUAUUAA